GACUGAAAUGUCAAAUCAGAACCUAACCAACUUUACUUCAUUUUUUCACAGAUUUACAGUAUGCAUUUGCAUUUAUCAUAAAAAAUAUUACUAAAUUGUAAAUAUUUCACAUAAUGGGUAAAAAGAGCAAACAAGGAGGCCUCUCUUUGGGUCGUUCUUUAGUUAAGGAUCGAUUUGGACAUCAUACAGGCAGGAAAAUGGUCGCAAACGAUUCAAUGUUACAUACUACAGAAUUAGAUGAUGGCUACGAAUGGGGAAGGUUAAAUUUACAGUCAGUUACUGAAGAAUCGUCAUUUCAAGAAUUUUUAUCCACGGCUGAGUUAGCAGGUACAGAGUUUCAAGCUGAAAAAUUGAACAUAAAAUUUGUAAAUCCACGUUCAAAUGUCGGAUUAUUAAGUAAGGAAGAGUUUAAAAACGCGAAAGACAUGCAUAGAAAGUUUAAAACAUCAUUAAGAAUUCCUAGAAGACCUCCUUGGACAUCUGAUAUGUCUGCAACAGAACUAGACAGAAACGAAAAAGACAGCUUUUUAGAGUGGAGAAGAUCUUUAGUAGCUUUACAAGAAAAUGAGGGAAUAUUACUUACACCAUACGAAAAGAAUUUGGAGUUUUGGAGGCAACUUUGGAGAGUUAUUGAGAGAAGUGAUGUGAUUGUUCAAAUAGUUGAUGCAAGAAACCCAUUGCUAUUUCGCUGUGAAGAUUUAGAGAAAUAUGUCAAAGAAGUAUCGGAGAACAAAAUCAAUUUAAUCCUGAUAAACAAGGCAGAUUUUCUUACAGAAAGUCAAAGAGAAAUAUGGGCUAAAUAUUUUGAUUCAAUAAAUUUACAAGCUGUAUUUUACUCAGCUUUAGAUGAAAAAAAUAAUGUUUGUAUUGAUGAAAGUGAAGAAAUAGUAGAUUUUAAGGUACUAAAGGAGAAUAUAGAAUCCUUGGAAGAAGCUGUUGAGGAAAAAGCUGUUAUUUUAGAAAAUAUACUGGGAAAAAUACAAGAACAGUUUGGGGAAACGAGUUUAAGUGAAGUAAAACGACAGAACUCACCCGAAUUACUUAGUAAAGAACAGUUAAUAGAUUUAUUCAGAACUAUUCACACUGGGCCUAAGGUAACAGAAGGUAUUACAACAAUUGGACUUGUUGGGUACCCAAAUGUAGGAAAAAGUUCGACAAUAAACUCAUUGUUAUCUGCUAAAAAAGUCUCUGUUUCUGCCACACCAGGAAAAACCAAGCAUUUCCAAACAUUGUUCCUUGACGAAGAUAUUUUAUUAUGUGAUUGCCCGGGCUUGGUGAUGCCCAGUUUUGUAUUUACUAAAGCCGAAAUGAUUUUGAACGGUAUUCUACCAAUUGAUCAGAUGAGGGAUCAUGUGCCUCCGGUUAAUUUAGUUACAUCAUUAAUUCCACGGCAUGUUAUUGAAGACAAAUAUGGAAUUAUGAUACCUAAGCCUUUGGAAGGUGAGGAUCCUGAUAGGAGUCCUACCGCUGAAGAGUUGCUCAAUGCUUAUGCCUAUAAUAGGGGAUUUAUGACAGCUAAUGGCCAACCUGAUAACCCUAGAGGUGCUAGAUACAUUCUAAAGGAUUAUAUGAAUGGAAAAUUGUUAUACUGUCAUGCUCCACCGGAUGUGGAACAGGAAAUUUUCCAUAAUUGGCCGGAAAAGCUUAAAACUAAACUUGAACAUGAAAGAGUUCUUCCUCCCAGAGAACUCAGAGCGAUUAGGAGCAAUAAAGUGACAUCUGGGGAUAUAGACAAAGUAUUUUUUUCUGGAAAUAAUCAAACAGUGCAUUCGAAAGGAGUCCAGGGUAAAUCUGUAGGAUUAUCAGGCCAAGGAGAGCCAUCGCAAGAUUUAGCUGCCAAACCAUGGAAAACUGAGAAUAGACAUCGAAACAAGAAGAAAAAGGAAAAAUUAAGAAGAGUUUACGCACAUUUGGAUCAGCAUUAAUAAAGUUGUUAUAAAAAUAAUUAUUUUUAUGUAUAUAUACAAGGUAUUUCUUAAAUAAUAAGUGCAAUUAUUUUAGCUGCUAGUAUAUUUUUACCCCCAGAAUCAUGCCUUGGUUUUUUUUAUUUUCGGUAUAUUUUAGAAAACUUUAGAGCCCCCGGUUCAUCUGAAAUUUUUUCAGAACAUAGCGUGCAACGUUGCCUCUCUGUGGAUAACCUUCAUUCUUAAUUAUCGUUAAUUAGACUCAAAAUAAAUUAAAGAAAUUUUCAGAAAAAGAAAAAUAUAAAAAUGGAAAAUAUGUGUACUUAUUAAAGGAGCAUCCUGUAUAUUUGUUAUUUUUUUAAUAAAUUGUUCAGAAUA